UGGGAAUCGAGCGCUGCUCGCCUUUUUUGCUUGUGGAUUCCGCGAGUGAGGUGUCAUGGCGGUGCGGAGAAAUCCUCGGCCUCUCAGGUCUCCUUCCUUAAUCCUCGCGCCAGAAUUGGACAAUUUACGUUCGAAGUGUGUCCUGACGAAUUUAUGUAUGGGAUAUCCUUGUGAAUUUGACCUACAGUUAUGAAGAAAUCGGGAAUUGGUGCAAUAAAGGGACGACAAGCCGCUCAAGAGCGGUUUCGCGAUAAACAAACUGUUCUCCAAGAAUCCGAGCUUGCUCAGCUGAACAGAAACUUGGAUUCUUUCCGAGAGAAACUUGAGAAAUUCGCCGCGGACCAUCGCAAUGAAAUUCGCAAGGACCCUGUUUUCCGUCAACAGUUUCAAAACAUGUGCGCGGAUAUUGGAGUUGAUCCCCUAGCAUCUUCGAAAGGUUUUUGGGCUGAAAAGCUUGGAGUUGGUGAAUUUUACUACGAGUUGUCAGUGCAGAUUGUCGAAGUGUGCAUGGCACUGGCGUAUCGCACUGGUGGAUUGAUGCCCUUGGAAGACCUAAGAACGCGGGUUAUCAAGUCCCGCGGUGGCCGAGAAGCACAGAAUAUCACCUCCGAUGAUCUGUUGCGGGCGAUUGCCAAGCUGAAAGUUCUGGGCAACGGUUUUACUGUGAUUCCAUCGGGAAAAUCUUUUUUAAUCCAGUCAGUGCCCAGAGAACUCACAUUGGAUCACACCCAGGUGUUGCAGCUUGCUGAGAAAGUGGAUCAAAACGGACGUAUUUUCUUCUCCGACGUGCGCAGUAACCUCAACUGGAGUUUAGAGCGAGUAGAGAAGGCUUUUGAUGACUUGCUUCGUGAGGGGUUGGUUUGGAUUGACAGACAAGAACUCAGCGAGUCUGCGAAGGUGUCUUACUGGGUGAUAGGAUUAUUCCGUAUGAAUGAAACAUGUGACUAGGGCUUGGCAAUGAUACGUUUGUUGGACCACUUUUUUUUAAACAUGAGCGCUGGAAAUCCCCGAGGUUGUCAGCAAGAGUUGAAAAGGACUCCGUUCGCGCAGGAAAUUGCAGAGGUCAUUUUUGGAAAUGGAGUUCUGCCACCAAUUCCCCACUCUGAAUCCAGAGCUAAAAAUGAAAAUAUUCAUUAGUGCAUAAUGAUGAUUGCUUACUGAGACUUUUCAUCCCAUGAACACUGGAAUAUGGGUGAGACGAGUAGUCAUUACAAUUGAUUGACCUCAGCGGGGUCUGAAGUGAUUUUGCCAUUGAGGUGGAGGAUUUUGGUGGCAGAAGAAUUCUGCACCUUGACCCAUUUCUUCAAGCAAAGUUUGAGACGCUGCCAUGUGCAAAACAGAUUUAUUUUUAAUGUUGGCAAAGAUCUUGAUCAACUAUGUGCUGGUGGAAUUUUUGCACACAAAAUUGGAAGUUGAUGUGUCGGGCUCCUGGUCUCAAUAUAUGAAGAAUUGCAAAAAUUAAAUGUUUGCCUCUCAUUACCAUUCCUACAGAGAAGGCAAGAAUAUUUGUUUUGCUAACCGAGUGUACUGUACUGAUAUGUUGCAGCUACUCAUAACUCGGAAUAAUGCAUGAUCAGAAUUCCUGCAUUAAAUUUGUUCGAUCCUGUGCAGUUCUUGAUAUUCAAAUGUCAAAAUUAGCCAUUUUAUUGUGUGCACAUGGAAUUUUGGCUCAAAAAGGGGG